GAGAGAGAGAGAGAGAGAGAGAGAGAGAGAGAGAGAGAGAGAGAGAGAGCGGAGUGCGGAGCUGAGAAACCGAGAGACUGAGAGACUGAGAGAGAGAGAGAGUCCGGGGGAAACACGGAGAAACGGAGCGGUGAGCGGAGGAGUCGCGGAGCGGCUGAGAGUGCUCAGAGACCCGGGAGGAGAGCCCGGUCCCCCGCGGGGCCACGCUGACCCUAAGACUUCAUUUGGUCAUAUUAGAAAUUAUAAACUACUUGUGGAAGAGAGGAGAGAAUAAAGAAAAUACAGAGAAAGCGAAGAGUUAGCAGGAAAAUGAGUUUCAGUUAGGAGGAGUGGAAGAAGAAGAGGAAGAAGAAGAAGCCCGGCUACACAAGACUUUUCUCCCCACCGAGCGGCACUCUUUCCCCCGCUAAGCGCUGCGAUGUUGCCCGGUGUGUUCGCGCUCUGCUGGCUGGUUGGUUUGGGAGCGUGCGCUGUGUUUGUGCAGCAGCCUCACGAUGUGGUGGUGGUGGCGGGUCAGCCUGUGACUCUACCCUGUUCCAUUACUGGAUUUCACGGUAUGGUGUUGUGGGUGAAGGAUGGACUUGCUCUGGGAGUCAAUAGAGAUCUGUCAGGUUACCCACGCUAUGAUGUAAUUGGAGACCACAGUAAAGGCGAGUACCACCUCCUGAUCCAGAGGACCGAGCUGGGCGAUGACGGGAGCUUCGAGUGUCAGGGCAUCCAGGCUGGCAUCAGGUCACGGCCCGCUCGUCUAACGGUUCUAGUUCCCCCUGACGACCCGGUGAUCAUCGGAGCCCCCAUAGUGAGCCUGAGGGCGGGAGAUCCGCUGAACCUGACCUGCCACGCCGACAACGCCAAACCCGCCGCCUCCAUCAUCUGGAUCCGGAAUGGAGAGGUGCUGAAUGGAGCCAUGUACUCUAAGACUCUGUUGAGGGACGGCCAGAGGGAGAGCACAGUCAGUACGCUCUACAUAUCGGCGUCCAACAUCGAGAGCGGGCAGCGAAUCACCUGCCGCGCCUCCAACAAAGCAGCGCCCAAUGGCAAGGAGGCCACCGUCACCAUCGACAUCCAACAUCUGCCUCUGGUGAAUCUCUCAGUGGAGCCGCAGCCCAUUCUGGAAGGAAACCUGGUCAAAUUCCACUGUUCCGCCAAGGCCAACCCACCCGUCACUCAUUACAGAUGGGCGAAAGGUGGCGCCGUGAUCAGAGACGUGCUGGGAGACAGCUACGAGGCGGUGGUGGAUCACUCCUUCUUCACCGAGCCCGUCUCCUGCGAGGUGACCAACGCCCUGGGGAGCACCAACAUCAGCCGCAACGUGGACGUCUACUUUGGCCCUCGUCUGGCCGCCGAACCGCAGUCGCUGCAGGUGGAUUUAGGCUCGGACGCCGUGUUCAACUGCGCGUGGACGGGAAACCCCUCCCUCACCAUCGUGUGGAUGAAGCGCGGACACGGAGUGGUGCUGAGCAACGAGAACACCCUGACCCUGAAGGCAGUGAAGCAGGAAGACGCUGGGAAAUACGUAUGCCGGGCCGUGGUUCCUCGGGUUGGUGUCGGGGAGAAGGAAGUGACUCUUACUGUGAAUGGCCCUCCCACUAUCUCCAGCACCCAGACCCAGCAAGCUCUGUACGGCGAGAAGGGCCAGAUCAAGUGCUUCAUCCGCAGCACCCCUCCUCCGGAUCGCAUUGCCUGGUCUUGGAAGGAAACAGUUCUGGAAUCGGGAACGUCUGGGAGGUACACCGUGGAGACGGUCAGCACGGAGGAAGGGGUCAUUUCCACCCUGACCAUGAGCAACAUCGUCCCUGCUGACUUCCAGACCAUUUACAACUGCACGGCGUGGAACAGCUUCGGCUCCGACACGGAGAUCAUUCGUCUGAAGGAACAAGGGUCCCUGCGCUUGGCCGUCAUCAUCGGGGUUGCAGUGGGAGCCUUCCUGGCGCUCAUCGUCCUCAUGGGGACCCUAGGGGCCUUCUGCUGCGCUCGUCUCCAGAGAAAAGACAUGCAUCUGGUUAUGUCCUCACUGCCUGUGUCGCUCUCUGCCCGCCAGAGAGAACUCUCGAGCACAAUUAAGGCUGAAAAUCUCAAAGGGGUUGUUUCGGCGAAAAACGACAUUCGUGUGGAGAUUGUUCAUAAGGAUCACAACGCGGCCAGGGAGCCCGAGGAGCACACCAACAUGAAGCAAAUGAUGAUGGAGCGCGGCGAGUUCCAGCAGGAAUCGGUUCUGAAGCAGCUGGAGGUGCUUCAGGAAGAGGAGAAGGAGUUCCAGCACAUUAAGGACCCGACCAAUGGCUAUUACAGCGUCAACACCUUCAAGGAGCACAGCACACCAGCCACCAGCCAGCCUGCCGAGGUUCGCAACACGGCCACCGCCACCCUGGGCAAGCAGAGGGUUCCCACCGGCAUGUCCUUCACCAACAUUUACUCCACCCUGGGCCCCGGACCCAACCACCGCCUGUACGACUACGGCGGGCGCUUCGUGCUGGGCAUGGGCAGCAGCUCCAUCGAGCUGUGCGAGCGCGAGCUCCAGCGAGCGUCCCUCAGCGACUCCAGCUCCUUCCAGGACACGCAGUGCGACAGCAGCGUCAGCAGUUACAGCAGGCCAGACAACGGCUACGCGCCCUUCGACAAGGCCAGCAAGGCCUCGGCCUCGUCCUCCUCGCACCACUCGCAGUCGUCCUCCCAGAACUCUGACCUCACGCGGCCCCUGCAGAAGCGCAUGCAGACCCACGUGUGAGGACGCCUCCAGAACGGAGGUGAGGGCAGGAGGGCAACGGCUGGACAAGCCCGGGAACAUGAGGCCAGGAACACGAGGAGAGUCAACGUAGUCAACGUGCCUCCGCAUGGCUCCUAUCUGAGGAAUUACAUGCUCUUUGCUUGAAUGGCGAAGUACACUAUCUGUCCAGAAGUAUUCAGACACCUGACCUCUUUGGAAUUCCUUGCCAAUGUUCACCCGUCACAAGAAAGGGUUCUUCUGCUGGGUUCUUUCCAAAGGACACUGGUUGUAUAGAUAGUAUAACCAAUGGAAACAAGCUCAAAAAUGGGUCAUUUCUCAUUCUGGUUUAAACAUUUUUGGAAUUGGUGAAAUUGGUGAUUUUGUAGAUGGUUCCAUCGUCCAACAUCCUCAAAACAUCUUUAAAACUUGUUUAAAACUCCUUUAAAAAGCACCAAAGGAGUUAAAGCACCAACAACAAGCAUCAAUGUCAUCAUCAAAGAAUCCUUUUUGCUUGUAGUUUUGAGUAUAGAUUUUGUAUAGGUUCUGACCAUCGAACAAUAGCUAAAAAUAGCUAACAAUAGCUAACAAUAGCUAACAAUAGCUGACAAACAAUUGGUAGUGAUGUAGUGCUAAUGUGCUAAUAGUACAGUGUAAGGGCCUAGUUUCCCAUAAGCAUCUCAGCAUUAAGAACAUCUUAACAUGGAGAGAGAGAGAGUGAAAGAAAGAGAGAGAAAGACCAUCUAAGGAUCAUCUUAGUGCUAAGAACUUUUGGUUUCUGAGAAAAUCCAGCCCAGAAUAGUCCACCGGUAUUUCAGUACUCAAGGCUUAUAAUAGGACAUGGAUAGCAACAGCUUUUACCCAUCUACCCAGCUAUUAAGUUUUGGUUAGUAGAGCGUUUUCUGAACGUUGUGGUUAACAUUCCUAGAAUGUUCAAUCAGCUCAAUCAAGGUUUUAGGAUGUUCUUAAAACAUUUUAUUUAAAGUUUUUAAACAUUUGGGGAACGUCCCAACAACGUCACCUGUGUCAAUGUUUUAAUUUUGACUAUUGGGAAUGUUACUUUUAACCUUUCCAUAAUGUCAAGUCAAGUUUAAAAAAUGUUCCUGGAACAUUAUUUCUGUAACGUUACAGGUUAACAUUUUUAUACAAAUUAACAGAAUUCUCUGUUAGCUGGGAGGUAAAGUUCUCUGCUAGAUGAUGGAACAUUGCUGUGAGGAUUGGAUUGCAUUCAGCCAUAACAUGAGUACUGAUAAUAUCAUGUACUUACUAAUUAGUAAAGGAGACAAUACAUGUCAAUGCAUGCUCUCCACUCCAAUGUAUUAAAAAUAAAGGUUCUUCAAUGUCUUUUUUUGGGUACAGAAUGUUUACAUCAUGCAGAUGUAAACCCAGAAAAAAAAACACAUUUUGAACAAAAAUGUGGUUCUGCACUGGCAUGCCAUAUGUCUUGGAAAAGGGAUUAUUUACUUGUUAAUUUAUUGUGUUCCGUGACUUCUGACAUGUCCUAUUGAAGCUUAAAAAUGCUACAGUUAGCUACUGUCAGAUAUGUGUGUUGGUCCUCCCUCACUGAAAUCGCUUGUCUGUUCACAUGGACACAAUCAUUACCACACACUGUGCUCGGUGAUCACCGUGGGUGGUAAUAAUUAGGGGUGUAACGAUGCAUCGCAAUGGAAAAAUUUGAUGAUGUGCAUUGCGUAAAUAGAUGAUUCUACAUUCUGUUACUAUGAAAGCUCAUGCAGUUGCAUUGUUUGAACACCAGAGUUCAGAAUUCCACUAGUGCAGGCCGUAGAACCAGUGGGCGUAAGCAAAGAGAAGAGGAUAUAUCAAUCAUUUUAAACUUAAACAACCACUUUUGAUGUCAGUGACUUUUUUAAGCCAUUCAAAAGCCAAAUCAAAAGUUAGCUGUCCAUCAUUAUUUAGUUGCACAGGGUGGACUUUUUUUUUUUAGGGCGGCACAAGUUCUUUUGACGUCAGCCACCCAGCCUAAACAAGCCAGAAGGAGCAACAGAUUUUGGAUUAUGUAGUGGAGUUAAAAAUAAGAUAUUUUAAUUUGAUGAAAUGUAGAUGAAUUAAUAUAAUUUAAAGUCACCAAAAAUACAAAUAAAAAUCAAUUUAGAUAAUAUUAUUUUUAAACUUUUACUUCAUUAGUAGUCACAGCUGUUCAGAUGCUUAGGUGUCUUAUAUGAUAUAAUGAAACUUUUACUCUAGAUCACUUAAAAAAUAAGCAAUUGAUUACGGAAUUAAACAGCAUAGUAGUUGUUUAAGCUUAAAACAAUAUAAGUACUUAUAAUAAUAAUAAAUAGCUAUUAUACACAUAUUUAUUUAAGUGUUUAUAUAAGGUGCACCGUUACACCCCUAGUAACCUCUAGACAACCACUAUCACCACUAUCAGCCUCACUCGAUCUCGAUCUGAUAAUUCAUGAUAAUUCGCCUUGCCAUGAGCACACUGGGACUUGUCUGGGACGUGUUUAACCUCACUUACAACAUAGCACAUCACAACGUAUAGAGGUAACACUGACUUCAUAAUCGUUCAAAAUGUACAUCCUGCUUAUUUCCUAUGACGUUUGGCGUGUCAGUGCACAGUAGUGGCAUCAUUCCAAAAAGACUCGAUGUGGUUCCUUUAUUUUUAAACAUGUGCUUCUCCAACUCAUGCUUUCCUACUAUAAAGACUACUAAUGUAUGUGUGCACAGUUCAAUUCCCAUUGACUCCCAUUGAAGGGUGUGUCUUUCGGUCAAUGGGUGUGCCUUAAACAGAUCCACAAAUCCACAUAUUACAACAGGGUGUCUGGAUACUGUGGGACAAAGUGUACGGGUCCCACUUUAUAAUAAGUGUCCAUAAGUACUAUGUAGUUACACGGUACUACAGUGUAACUACUGAUGAAGUACACAUUGUUAAAGAUUGACUACAGAGGUACAGGUUAUGU